AACACAGCUCAUUGUUGGCAAGUGCCGAUGAGCCUCACAGAGGAGUGAAAAACAGCUCUGGGGCUGCGGCAGCGAUCACAGAACCGUCACGUAAGCGGCGCGGAGCGAGCCGGGGAAACCCUCUCUAUGCUUGGUGACUUUUACUGACUGAUUUCACCGCCACCUUUGAAGCAAAAGAAGAAAGAAACCGGGAGGUGGGCAAUGGCAGACCACAUGAUGGCCAUGAACCACGGGCGAUUCCCCGACGGAUCCGGCGGGCUUCACCACCACCCCGCGCAUCGGAUGGGCAUGGGGCAGUUUCCCACUCCCCCUCACCACCACCAGCAGCAGCAGCCGCCGCCGCUGCCGCCCCCCGCCCGCUUCAGCGGCUCCCAGUUCCUGGCCCCCCCCGUCGCCAGCCCGGGAGGGCAGCUGAGCGCCAGCAUGCAGCUCCAGAAGCUGAACAACCAGUACUUCAGCCACCACCCUUACCCUCACAGCCACUACAUGCCGGACUUGCACCCCGGCAGCCACCAGCUGAACGGCAGCAGCCAGCAGCAGCAUUUCAGGGACUGCAACCCCAAGCACGGCGGCGGCGGCAGCGGGUUGCCGCCCGCUGUCCCCCACGUCCCCGCGGCAAUGCUGCCGCCCAAUGUCAUAGACACUGACUUCAUCGACGAGGAGGUCCUCAUGUCCUUAGUCAUCGAAAUGGGGCUGGAUCGCAUCAAGGAGCUUCCCGAGCUGUGGUUGGGACAGAACGAGUUUGACUUCAUGACAGACUUCGUUUGCAAACAGCAGCCCAGCAGGGUGAGCUGCUGA